CACAUCUGUUUCCUGGUCUCUGCCCUCGUCCUUUCUAUGUUGUUGUCUUCUGUUCUUGCACUCCUUUUUAACUUCCUUACUUCUCCUGUCUAGACAUGGUCUAGUUAUCUUCAAGCCUCCACGGCGAAGGAUAAUUACCAGGCAACGAACGCAAGCUGCGUGUUGCCUCCGUUUCACUUGUGUAUUCGCCGCCCCUGCGAAUGUCCUGCUGAUCAGCAAACCGACAUCUUCGCCUUCUUCUACCCUCAAGCGUCGACACAUACCUCCGCAAAUAACUCAUUUGGAAAAGGCUCAUGUCUUCCCCACGGGGCAUCUCGCCCACCCUCCCUCAAGAUGCCUCUCCUACGGCGCUCCUCUCAUCAGCGGUAGCAAGCAUUGGCGUCACUUUUCCCAGUCCCUCAUCUACCCUCGACUCCACUCUAUCCAUUGCAACAGCCAUAUCCUCGAGCCUUUCCGAACCAUCAACACCCGAUAACGGCGAAUGUCGUCUCCUUGGCCCCUUUGCAAUCCUCAUCCAAGGGUCUCUGGGCCUUCUCGCCCUGCUGGCACUUGUUUACAAGCGGUGGAGAGAACGUCCGCAACGACCGGUGAAGAUCUGGUUCUUUGACGUGUCGAAGCAGGUGUUUGGGAGUGUUUUGGUACAUAUCGCGAAUUUGCUCAUGAGCAUGUUGAGUAGCGGACAGUUCAGCAUCAGAUUGGAUCCGUCUGCUAUAGAAGGGAGGGGUUUGGCAGGUCUUGCAAAGAGGAUAGUGGAUGAAGAGGGCAAGUAUAUGCCUAAUCCGUGUAGUUUUUAUCUAUUGAACCUAGCGAUUGAUACAACAGUCGGAAUUCCAAUCCUAAUCCUUCUACUACGAAUCCUCACUGCACUCUUCGCGCUCACCUCCUUCGGUGCCCCCCGCGAAUCCAUCGCUUCUGGCAACUAUGGCAGGCCCCCGAAGGCCUGGUGGUGGUUCAAACAAUCCAUGAUCUACUUCCUGGGUCUUAUGGGCAUGAAGCUCUGCGUGCUGAUACUCUUCAUUGUCGCUCCGUGGAUCUCGCGUGUUGGAGACUGGGCGUUACGAUGGACGGAAGGUGAUGAGGCUCUGCAAGUUGUGUUUGUGAUGUUGGUGUUCCCGGUCAUUAUGAAUGCGACGCAGUAUUAUAUCAUCGAUUCUUUCAUCAAGAAUCCAGCUCCAGAACAUGAGCUCCUUCCUGAUGGAGAUGAGGAAGCAGAUGAUACUUACGAGGAUCCGUCUAGUGUGUAUGGUGAAGAGAUACAGAGUGGGGGUGGAGAUGAGGACGUGGAGAUACGUAUAAAAGCAGGGGUGGAAGCAGUGGCGGUGAAGAGUAAGAGAACAAAGAAUAAAGGGGAAGGGGGUGGCAGUGGGAGUAAGAGUCUGUCAGGCAUGGAGAACAAGGAUUACGACCCACAAUUUGAUGGGGAGAGUAGUCCAACAAUGGUAGGAAGUGCGAGUACAAAGGGCACAGAUAGGACUUUGGUAUCAAGGGGCGAAACGGUGGAUGGCGGGAACAGAUUCGGGCGAUAAGGCGUUGGAUACAGUACAUCUGGAACUCCGGAGAAUUUGAGGAGUUGGCGGUUGGUCACCGAGCAUGGAUUGUCUAUACUAUGCACAUAACUCUGGAUAUGGGUUUUGACACAAAAGGUGUUGUCGGUUGGGUAUAUCCUUCUUUCACGAGAUUGAUAGGCGCUGGGACGUUAUCUACUCUCGAAUUCCUGCAUCAAGCAUAGCGAGACGAGAUUAUUUCAUUAUAAAUAUAGUCCGUCUCUUGAUCUUCUCCUAAGGCUCAGAUUCCAAUAUAUAUAGAGUCUUACUCCAUACACUCAGGCUUAAAGACACGCCAUAGAAACAUGCUCCUGG